CCUUUUUGGAAUUGGAAUACGACUGGGGCCAUUGGUGAGCGUCUUUGCCGGUUCCCUGACAAGCACUGCCUCUUGCUCCUCAUUGUGUCAGCCCAGGGUGACAGUGUGGAUGUGGAAGCUUGAAAGCUUGGGGGUUUUGAAAAGAAUCUACUGUACACACAUUAGCGGGGAUGGACGCAGCUACCCUCACCUAUGAUACCCUACGGUUCGGUGAAGUGGAAGACUUUCCAGAGACAGAGGAACCUGUCUGGCUGUUGGGAGUAGAAUACAGUGCACUAACAGAGAAAGAAGAUAUUUUGUCUGAUGUUACCUCUCGCCUCUGGUUCACAUACAGAAGAAACUUUCCUGCCAUAGGAGGAACAGGGCCAACUUCAGACACUGGCUGGGGGUGUAUGCUUCGAUGUGGCCAGAUGAUCUUUGCCCAGGCUCUUGUAUGCAGACACUUGGGUAGAGACUGGAGAUGGGAGAAAGGAAAGAAGCACAAGAGUGAUUACUUCAAUAUUCUCCAUGCCUUCCUUGAUAGAAAAGACAGUUACUACUCAAUCCACCAAAUUGCCCAGAUGGGAGUUGGUGAAGGUAAAUCAAUUGGCCAGUGGUAUGGACCAAAUACAGUAGCACAAGUACUUAGGAAGCUUGCAGCUUUUGACACGUGGAGCUCCUUAGCUGUCCAUGUAGCUAUGGAUAACACUGUGGUCAAAGAAGAAAUUAAACGAUUGUGUUGUUCUUCGUCUUUGUGUGGGGCAGCAGCUGCAUUGCCAGAUCCAGAAUCAGACCAGUUAUACAAUGGGUAUCCUAGUGGAGCAUGCGCCAGUGAUGACUCCCUGCUUUGGAAACCAUUAGUUUUGCUAAUACCUCUACGCCUGGGGCUUAGCGACAUUAAUGAAGCGUACAUCGGAACUCUAAAGCAUUGUUUCAUGUUGCCGCAUUCUCUAGGAGUUAUUGGAGGAAAGCCCAACAGUGCUCACUAUUUUAUUGGCUAUGUAGGAGAGGAAUUGAUAUAUUUGGAUCCCCACACGACUCAGUUCUCUGUCGAAGCUACCGACAGUUGCUAUAUUCCAGAUGAAAGUUUUCAUUGUGUGCAUCCCCCUUGCCGGAUGAAAAUAUCUGAUCUUGAUCCCUCCAUUGCUGUAGGUUUCUUCUGUAAAACAGAGGAAGACUUUGAAGAUUGGUGUAGACAAAUGACCAAGAUUUCAGUGGCUAAAGAUGGUCUGCCAAUGUUUGAACUUGUAGAGCAGCAGCCUUCUCACUUCUCCAACCCUGAUGUCCUCAGCCUUACACCAGACUUUUCUGAUACGGAUAAGCUAGAACGAUUUUUUGAUUCUGAAGAUGAAGACUUUGAAAUUUUGUCGCUUUAGGGAGGAACACAAAGAAGGACGUCUUAACUUUGGAAAGGCUGCUGCUAUUAGUGGACAAAGGGGUGGUAAAAGAACAUGUCUAGACAUCAUAUCAUGAGUGUAUCAUCUGUUGCAGCAAAUCCGCAGUCCUGCUGUCAGCAUUCCUUGCAUAGGCCAGUCAGUGUUUGCUGCCUGGUAGCACACAGUACAUCAGCAGGCAACAAAAUGCCUCAGCGGUGCACAGUUUCCAAGUUAGAUCUGUAGAACAGGUCACAGAUGUCAGAAAGAAGGUGAAUCAUAUUGGCGUCUUAUGGAUACUUUUAUUUCAUUACAAAUGGCAUCAGUUAAAUGUUUGGUAUCAUGCAACAGACUUGUUUCAUAACUAGUCAGUUUCUUUUGUAUGGUUGUUUUGUCUGUAGAAUAAACCUGUCGGGUGGUUGAAAAAUUCAGAAUACAUGGAGCAAAUGGAGGUCUAGUCAGUGGUAAACACUACUGUAAAUGCCUGAUUGGCCGGUAGGAUUUAUUCAUCAGUCUCCACACACAUGUAUGAGUGGGCCGUCAGUUUAUAAAUGUUAGGUGUGGAACAGUCUUGUAGAGCACAUUUGCUUAGAUACCACUUGACUAUAUAUCUGCAGAUUUUCACAUGUAGCUGAUCCCUGUGCUUCUUCCGUUUGCAGGUGGCAGAGAUGUACACUUGGUCACUGAAAACAACCAGUGACACUUUCGCUGCCAAAUUCUGCAGUACAGGCUGGGUUGGCAAUUAAUGAGUAAAUAGUUUACAAAUUUGACUGGAAGAGCUAAGGUAAAAAAUGCUUGUGAACUGUCAGGUGUUGCACUUUUAUUGAUAUAUCGAUCACCCAUUAAGAAGCAGAAUUUUGCUGUAAAUAUAUCUGCUAACGUGUAUUUUAUAUAAAUAUUUGUUGUUGUCA